UUGAGGGGAUUUGGGGGAAUUUUGGGAUCACCCCAUGACCCCCCCACCCCUCACAGGCCCCAGAGACGCGUCCGGAGCCAUGAUGGCCGCGAAGGUGAAGGUGGAGAAAACAGAGCUGGAGCCGGGUGCCGCUCGGCGCCGCCUCGACACUGUCCUGGAGCAGCUCCUGCAGCGCGGGCCCAGGGAGCCACUGGAGGAGGAACCUGGGAAGGUACCUGGUGACCCCCCAGCCAAGGAGGCCUCGCCCAGUGCCCCUGGGAAGAGGCCCCCCGGCCGUUUCCCGCAGCAGCGCCGCAAGAAGAGGAGGGAGGGGGGGGAGGGGCCCGAGACCCCGCCCCCAAAACACAACUCAUUCGUGAUUCGUCUCUUUGACCGCAGCGUGGAGCUGGGGCAGUUCCCGGCUGGGACCCCCCUGUACCCUGUGUGCCGUGCCUGGAUCGGCCACAGCCCCGCCCCUGGCCCGUCCCCUGAGCAGUGGUCUAUACUGGUCCAUACUGGUUUCAAGGCCCCCCCCGGAGCUGAGGACGUUGUGGCCCUGCCCCCCCCUGGCCCCGCCCUGGCCCCACGCAUCCCCUCUCCCCUGGGGCCCGACGAGGGUGUGGAGCCCCUGGACCAGGUGUCAGACCCCGCCCCCUCAAUCACUUCACUGAUCUACAAGAACAUGGACAGGUGGAAACGGGUCCGGCAGCGGUGGCGGGAGGCGGCGCAGCGGCAGCAGCAGCGUUAUGGGCCCAGCCUGAGGCUGUUGCGCAUCAUCUACGAGCACGAGCGGCAGUGAGCCUGCACCCACCCCACUGGCCACACCCACCCCAGCAACAAAAAAAAUCUGAUCCAUUUCCAUAUUUAGGUCAAUUCCUUUAUAUGGACAAAAGGGGUGGGGUUUAAAUGGGAGUGGUGACAACAUUGCUCCU